GAGCUGGCGCUGACGUCAGCCGUCCUUGCGAACAGAGCGCUGUGCUGGAAUGCGUGCGGGACUUACAACUCCCGGAACAAAACUGUCCAUCCAAUAAGUUCUGAAAUCUUUAUUAAAAGUGCCUCAAGAUAGGAUAUAAUUGAACGUCCAUCCCAACAUGGCUGCCCAGACAGUCUACCCUGUGGGGGUGGUCAUGUUCACCCCGCUGGUGGGUGUGGCCAUGGGUGGAGAGGAGACCGGGGUGACGGAGAUCCCCCGGACGGACCUGGCCGCACCUCAGCUGGUCAUGCUGGCCAACGUCGCGCUGACGUCGGAGGGAGGAGGCAGCGGAGACUACUCUCCGGAGGAGAAGCAGAUGGUGGAGCUGAAGACCGUGGGCAGCAGCUGCUACUCCGACAGUGAGGACGAGGGCCUGGUGCAUUGCGGCUACGCCGAUGGCACUGCCGACAGCCACCAUGCCGAUGCCUCGUUUGACAUCUACCCUGAAACCCCACAGGCUGUCAGCUCCCACUCGUACAAAGGGCGGAAGGAGCAGGAGCAGGAGGAGGAGGAGGAGGAAGAGAAGGAGGAGGAGGACCAAGAAACAGAAGGGGAGGGGAAGGGAGAGGGGUCUCCAUCUAGUCCAACAGUGGGGUGUAAGCGUAAGAGGAUUGUCCGCCAACUAAUGGAGAACUGCCGGAGUAAGAAGAAGCCUUUUCACUGCAAGCCUUGCCAGUACGAGGCCGAGUGCGAGGAGGAGUUUGUCGACCACAUCCGCGUCCACAGUGCCAAGAAGCUGCUUGUGGCAGAACAGGCCCAGGAGGAAGAGGAUGAGCUAGCCAAUGGGGCGGAACCCGUCCCCGAAGGGGGCGGAGAAGGGGCAGUCUACACCAAGGGCGUGAUUCGCUGUGAGCGUUGCGGCUACAACACCAACCGCUAUGACCAUUACAUGGCGCACCUCAAGCACCACAGCAAGGAAGGGGACAGCCAGCGCGUCUACAAGUGCACCAUCUGCACCUACACCACCAUCAGCCAAUACCACUGGAAGAAGCACCUGAGGAACCACUUCCCCAGCAAGCUGUACACCUGCGGACAGUGCUGCUACUUCUCCGACCGCAAGAACAACUACGUGCAGCACAUCCGCACUCAUACAGGCGAGCGGCCAUUUCGAUGUUCUUACUGCAAGUAUUCAAGCUCACAGAAGACCCACCUGACCAGACAUAUGAGAACACACUCAGGUGAGAGACCCUUCAAGUGUGACAGCUGCAGUUACCUGGCGGCCAAUCAGCACGAGGUGACGCGCCACGCCCGACAGGUCCACAAUGGGCCCAAGCCCCUGAGCUGCCCUCACUGCCAGUACAAGACAGCCGACCGCAGCAACUACAAGAAGCAUGUGGAGCUCCACGUCAACCCCAGGCAGUUCCUCUGCCCUGUCUGCACCUAUGCUGCGUCCAAGAAGUGCAACCUGCAGUACCACGUCAAAUCCCGUCACCCAGACUGCUCCGAUAUCACUUUGGACGUGUCAAAAGUCAAACUCCGCAUCAAGAAGCCGGAGUCCGGUUCCCCCACCUAUUACAGCGUGGGCAAGGAGGCCCGGUACGUCCUGACAGGGAUCAAGGAGGGUAAGGUUGAGAGAAAGUCCGGCAGGAGAGAGGGAGCGACGGGUGGAGGAGGAGGAGGAGGAGAAGGAGAAGGGGUGGCAGUAGACAGCCAGCCUACGCCGGACCCCAUCAACCUAUCAACCAAAAAGCCAUCUAAAGCUAACCCUCUUUCAACUGCUGCCAAAAAGGAACAGCGAGACAAGACCCACAAGAGGAGUGAAGAGAGGGAGACCUCCAAGAGGAGGGAGGAGAGAGAGGCCUCCAAGAGGAGGGUGGAGAGGGAGACCCCCAAGAGGAGGGUGGAGAGGGAGACCUCCAAGAGGAGGGAGGAGAGAGAGACCCCCAAGAGGAGGGUGGAGAGGGAGACCCCCAAGAGGAGGGUGGAGAGGGAGACCUCCAAAAGGGUGGAGGAGAGGGAGACCUCCAAAAGGGUGGAGGAGAGGGAGAGCUCCAAAAGGGUGGAGGAGAGAGACACCUCUAAGAGGAGGGAGGAGAGGGAGACCUCAAAAAGGGUGGAGGAGAGGGAGACCCCCAAGAGGGAAACUGUGAGGAAGACUCAGAAGUCGGUGGUAGCAGAGGAAAGGAGAGGGGUAAAGCCAGGAGAGAGAAAGGAGAGGGUAGGCGGGAAGGUGACGAGAAAGGCAAAGGCCAACAAAAUUGCAGGUGUCUCUGCAGAGACCCAGCCCAGGAGAGAGAGCAAGGUCAGGAAAAUGGCCAAUGCCAAAGAGGAGAAGGAAGAGAGGGAGCAGAAUGCCGGUGAUGCUGAGAGAGCAGAGGAAGAGAGAGCGGCAAAGGAGAGAGCAGAGAGGGAGGAGAGAGAGAGGAUGGAGAAUGAGAGGGUGGAGAGAGAAAGGGUAGAGAAGGGGAGACUGGAGAGAGAGCGGGCAGAGAAAGAUAGGCUAGAAAUGGAGAGAGCAGCAAAGGAAAGGGUGGAAAUGAAGAGACAAGAAAGAGAGAGAUUAGAGAAGGAGAGGAUAGAGAAGGAGAGAGCAGAAAGAGAGCGAGUAGAGAAGGAGAGGAUGGAGAAGGAAAGAGUGGAGAGAGAAAGAGCAGAGAAGGAGAGAUUGGAAAGAGAGAGGGCAGAGAAGGAGCGAUUGGAGAAAGAAAGAGAAGAGAAGGAGAGGAUGGAAAUGGAGAGAGCAGAAAAUGAGAGAAUGGAGAAUGAGAGAGCUGAAAGAGAGAGAGAAGAAAAUGAGAGAAUGGAGAAGGAGAGAGCUGAAAGAAAGAAGGAGCGGAUGGAGAAAGAGAGAGCAGAAAGAGAGAGAGUUGAGAAGGAGAGAAUGGAGAAGGAGAGAGCAGAAAGGGAGAGUGUAGAGAAGGAGAGGAAGAGUGAAGACGCAGAUGACCCCAUCAAGAGCGGAUCUGGUAGACCGGCGAGAGCUGUCCGAGCUGUGGUCAAAGCAAGCAGAGGGCAGAGCCAGAAACCUGCAGAAAAGACACAGGAUGAAGAAGCCAAGGUCACCUCCAGGAAACGGAAAGCAGCCACAUGUGAGCAUCCCCCACACCAGAAUGAGGCCCUCUGUGGGCCAAGCAGGAAGCUGGCAGCCGAGGAGAGACGGCCGCAGAGUUCCACUGUGCUCCGGGGGAGGCAUGAGGCACCGAAGCGCAUCCAGGGGCCCGAAUGCAGCACCAGGCUGAGCAAGAGGAUUGACCGACCCCUAGGAGUCAGCGUGAUUAAGAGAACCAAAAAGACCAUGGCCAAACCAGGCCCCAUGGAGGCCAAACUGGGCCCAGCAGAGACCAAACUCCACAGGCCACCCAUUCGGGGGAAAUGGGGUCCCAGUGCUCAGGAGGACAACUUGAGGAAGGAGUUUAAGGAGGUUGGGACAUCUAUUCACCAGAAGCCUGUGGGAGGAGAGAGAACUGGGGAGGAGGAGGAGGCCCCUGAGGGGUGCAGCAGGGUCAAUGAAGGUACGGCCCUAGGGCGGGGCCCUGAAGUGGCACGUGGGACCAUACCCGCCCCCCUCCACCGGCUGGAGCUCUCGGCAAGGAGGCGGGGCAAGGCUACCGACAUGGAGGAGGAUGAGGGCAUCCACAGUCACGAUGGCAGCGACAUCAGCGACAGUGUCUCCGAGGGUAGCGAUGACUCGGGCCUCCACGGUAUCGCCUUGGUCAUUGCUGGCGUGAAAUCUGCUGGGCCGAGCACGACCACGACCACGCCAGCGACCACGCCAGCGACCACACCAGUGUCCACUCCCACAGAGGGACCUCCCAACGCCCCUGCUGUCACCAAAUCUGGCAGCCACACGUGCAUUUUCUGUGACCGCACCUUUAAGGCGGAGGUGGAGUACCGACUCCAUCUCAACCGUCACCUGGUGAACGUAUAUUACCUGGAGAGUGCCGCCAAGGGGGACCAGUGAAGCUAAAACAACAGAAGGCCCUUCACCAGGGGCCCCCAACCCUGGUCUCAGAGAGCCACAGGUUUGGCUGGUGUUCAGUCACUCAGCACUUAACUGAUGAAUUAGAACAGGUGACUACACAGGUAGCUCGCCUGAAACUGGUUUCUGGUGUUUGGUAUCUCUGUAUUUCUUACUGUACCUCCAUAUCUCAGAUAUCAGGCAUCACUGGUGAAUCUUUGCUUUACUAUUGACCUUUUCUAAAUAUAUAUUAUAUAUAAAUUCUUAUUUGUAUUCCACUGUUCUGAAAGAUGUGUUGUUUAUCUUGGUCUCCUUGUAGAAGAAAAAUUGCGUUCAGCUUUUAUCGUUUUGUAAAUGUACACUUUAAAACAGAACAGCUACCCUGAAACACGGGAGGUUUUUUUUUUUUGUGUGUGUGUGUACUGUUAAGGUUUAUUGUGGCUCUGGAAAAGCACUGCCAUAAGCAGGUUUAUGUGGGCAGUCAGUGGAUCUCAUUUCAGUACCGAUUAACCGGUUUGACUUAGAAAGAAUAAGAAUUUAAUCUACAGUCUUCUCAACAUUGUUGGGACAAUGGCAGCUUUUUGAGCUUUCUUUGGCUCCGAUGUUCACGGGUUUCUUUCAGAAUAUUUAAAUCAUGACAACGUUGGGGAAUCCCGGGCCUAUAAGAAAGGAAUGAGACCACAUGACCAGAGUUCUCUACAGGACACAAUUGCUCAUCGGCGCUGAACUGAGUGACAGUCUAUCUGUUUGGUUGAAAGAAUUAAAACUCAAGAGGGCAAAGGCAUGCAUUGGGAGAGUGGUUAAUGAUCUACACAAGGGGUACUAUGAUCUUUAUGAGGGGGGUGCUGUGCCUAUUUACUUUUGCUGUGCUUCAGCACUUGAGUGCUUCAUUUAAGUAAUUUACUGAUGACAGUCCACUAACCUUUCAAAGUCAAUUAAGGCAUUAAAAGGAAGCCCAAAAACUGCAAACAUUAGAGCUGUCCUGGACUGGAAAUUGAGAUCCAUGAUUUAAACUAUCAAAUCAACAAGAAAACUGGUAAAAUCCCAUGAAAUCUUUCUUUGAUUGAAAGUGACUGCUCACUGGUACAGAAUCAUGACACCAUGGCAUUCGUGGUAUGGAAACCUUUUGCUUUUUUACUGUGGAAUGCCCCCAACCAGUAUUGACUCCUUUCUCUACAGUUCAUGGGUUGUUUUUCGUUUUGUCUCUCUCCCUCCUCAUUCACUGCCCUGUCUGAGAGUAACAAAAGCGAUUCCAUUAUGAAAGGAAAGCAUAACACUUCUAAAUGAAGAACCAAAGACAGACCCUCCGCUCCAGCGGGGAGGCUAAAUUCGACGGACCCAGGUGGUCCUUUGCCAGUAGCUAAGAGAAGAAUUGGAGUUCUUGGCUCUUUUUUUUAUUUGUCAGUGUGCUCCACUGGAGAGACGCCAUCUGAUACUGCUUCGAGACUGGUGGUAGCAGUGCAUGGAUCAGUCAGGCCGAGUUUAACAGACUGAUUCAGGUGGGGGGGGAUACUUUUAUUAUUAUUAUUAUUUGUUUUACUAUGUGUAGCAUCGUCUUCUCUUCAUUUACAAUGAGCACUUUCGCAACUGUGAUUUCCCCCCCUCCCCCCAUCACUCUUGUUUGGAUUCUUAUUUUUGUUAAAUAACUGUCUAAACAUUGUAUAUAGCCAUGGUGAAACCACCCGAUUCCAUCAGGAGUUAAACAUUUUUGGCAGAACUAGAGAACCUAAGUGGAAUGAAUCCCCCCUGUCCCCUUUAUUUUUUUCUCAUUGCUUUUUGCCUUCCAAAAUGUAUAUUCAGUGUUUACCUAGUUUAUGCUUUCAAAACUGAUCUCCUAGUGUCUGUACUCUUCAGGAGUAGCCUUUUUUUUCUUUUUCUUUUUUUUAUUAAGGGGGGAAAGAAAGUCCAAAGAUUGCCUCGUUUUUAUGUUUUUUUUUUAUUGACAGUGCAGAAUGUGAAGACACAUGGUACACCAUUUUUUAUUUGCUUUUUGACAAUCAUGAUUUUUUUUUUUUUUUUUUUUUUUCCCCAUCUGUCACAUAAAAAAAAAUGUGUUUAGCCUAUACAAUGUGUGGACAUUUGCUGUUGCGUCGUGUGCUUUGAACAGCAUUUGUGUGGGAAUUGCUUCUGUGCUUAGUAUAUGGUUUGUUGCACCAUGUUCACAGCUACCUGUCGCUGCUUGAUGUAUAAAAUAAACUAUGGGAUUGUUUAUCCUGCCUCAC